AUGUCCUCGGCAUCUUCCCGGGAUCCUGAGCGGCUCCAGGAGGAGGGUGCACGACAACACAGAGCACAAGUCCAAUGCGCGCCGAGCCAGCAGCCUCUCCUCCAUGUCUACAUCAAGAUUGGUGCCUCGCGACCUCAUGAAGAACUCCGGCCAUCCAUGGCGUGCAAGCGCAGGUGUCCAGGACCGGCGUCACGCAGCUCGCAGACCCUGGCUAGACUGCGCGAGCGACAUCCUGAGGGUCAGGAGCAACGGGUUCUGGAUCCACAGACUUGUGCCCCGGAGCUCCACAGUCUCAAGAUGCGGGAGGGACGCCGAAUGGACGCAAAGGCGGCCUAUACUAUCUUGUCCAAACUUGCAUGGGCGCGCCAUCCCGAGGUCGACUGGUCCGGCGUCACCGUCCCCGUCUUCAAGCCCCUAUGUCCACUCGCCUUGGCGCAAGCGCUCCCCUCCCUUGCAGGACGUCGCGGGAGUUCUCUGCUCACCAUCUGUAUCAUCCAUGUUAUCCAGCCCGUACCGAGCUGCUCAUCAUCCGAGCGCACGCCGUAUGCCAAGUACCCAGGCCUGGCAUUCUGCUCCUUCCCUCCCUCUCGACCGGCGCUGGCCCAUACUGAAGGACAGGCACUCCCGGCGGCGUGUAUCAAGGCCUGGCCGAACCGGACCAUACCGAUGCGGACGAGCCCCUGUCCCAGGCGUCACGCAAAGACCACCGGAGAUGGCGAGCGCUCAUAG